AUGACCCUGAUUCCAACCGAGUCGCAGGGAUGUAGGAUAUCCAAGACGGGGUGGAGGAAGGGUCGAUGGGUGGUGUGGGAGAGUGUGGACGAGGGGAUUGUCGUGGUUGACUCUACGAAGCGCUGGGGCUAUGUCAGCGGUGGCCCAGUAGCCGAAACGAAGACCCAGACCAAGGCUCAGGAACGAUUCGGGGGGGAGAGAGAGAGCAACGAAGUGACGACGAUACCCGACUAUUGA